CGAGCGUAGAAGACGCGUCCUGUCCCGCUAAAAACAAUUUCCAGAAGUUUUCCGGCCAGUUCAGUUUGGAUAUUUUAACAUUGACUGUUCCGAACUCAAAUUAAAUAGUUGGAAAAGGUGUUUGUGAAGUGUUGCUGACAAAAUUAAGGAUCUUGGCAUUUUGUUCUACUGACUCAAGUGAUUUCCCCAGCACCUUAAUGGCUUCUUGACAUUGGACUGUAAUGUAGCCGUAAAAUGAGCAGUUGAACCUUCAAAAAUGGAGUCCACCGAAGAGGAGUUCUACAGCAUAUGCAUCAAUCUGACCAGCGAAGAGAUUGCUGGUCUCCAGUGCAACUACAGCAACUACGACGACAAUGGAGAACUGCUUGAGAAAGUCGUCUCCAGGGUCGUGCCUAUCUUCUUCGGGUUCAUUGGAAUCGUUGGUCUCGUCGGCAAUGCCUUGGUCGUCCUAGUCGUAGCUGCCAACCCUGGCAUGAGAUCCACCACCAACCUCCUCAUAAUCAACCUUGCAGUAGCUGAUCUUCUCUUUGUAAUUUUCUGUGUGCCUUUCACUGCGACAGACUACGUCAUGCCGCGAUGGCCUUUUGGUGACUGGUGGUGCAAAGUCGUCCAGUAUUUCAUAGUGGUUACCGCUCACGCUUCUGUCUAUACCCUUGUCUUGAUGUCCUUGGACAGGUUUAUGGCAGUGGUCCAUCCUAUAGCUUCAAUGUCUAUACGUACAGAGAAGAACGCAUUGCUCGCCAUAGCCUGCAUAUGGGUUGUCAUACUCACCACUGCGAUUCCUGUGGGGAUCUGUCAUGGGGAGCGCGAGUACUCCUACUUCCGAAGGAACCAUUCCUCUUGCGUCUUCUUGGAAGAGCAGGGUUAUAGCAAGUUGGGUUUCCAAAUGUCGUUCUUCCUGUCUUCUUAUGUGAUCCCCCUGGCGCUGAUCAGUGUGUUGUACAUGUGUAUGUUGACGCGGUUGUGGAAGAGUGCUCCGGGGGGGAGGGUGUCUGCUGAGAGCAGGAGGGGGAGGAAGAAGGUCACAAGAAUGGUUGUGGUCGUCGUUGUAGUCUUUGCUGUUUGCUGGUGUCCUAUACAGAUAAUUCUGCUAGUGAAGGCCCUGGACAAGUACCACAUAACAUACUUCACGGUGACGGCGCAGAUCGUGUCGCACGUACUCGCGUACAUGAACAGCUGUGUCAACCCAGUGCUGUACGCUUUCCUCUCUGAGAACUUCAGGGUCGCUUUUAGAAAGGUAAUGUACUGCCCACCUCCUUACAACGAUGGGAUGUCAGGCCGACCACAGCCGACGAAGACGACACGGACAGGCAACGGGAACUCUUGCCACGACAUAGUCUGAGAGUCGGUUCGCAGUCGCGCCAGGUUCCUAUCAACCGACCAAGCGACCAUUGUGUAAACGGUUAUAUGCGCGACUGUUGCUAAGGACUGAUAAGUUCGUCACUGGUGUCGAUUCUGAACGACAAACAAAACAAAAAAUGUCUACUUUACCUGUCAUUUUCGAAGGAAAGGAACGGAAUUUUUAAAAAAAAAACAAAGGUACACUGACAUCCCAUGAUAAACAAACAGACUCACACUAAGGAGAUUUUCUAAAAAUGCGUCCAAACCGUG